AUGGCGAAGAUCCUUCAGAAGAAGAAGGUCAAUAUAGCGUGUGUCCAAGAGACUCGGUGGGUAGGAUCGAGGGCGAGGAAUGCGGACGAGUAUAAGUUGUGGUACUCUGAAGUCCUAAAGGGUAAGAAUAGUGUACGCAUCUUGGUGGAUAGGGAACUUAGAGAGUCUGUGGUAGAGGUUAGGCGGGUGAAUGAUAGGUUAAUGUCUAUUAAGUUGGUGGUUGGAGAGUGCACCCUAAAUGUCAUUAGUGUGUAUGCAGCGCGACUAUGGCGAGGUGCAUGGGGCUUCGAUUUUGGGGAUAGAAACGCAGGAGGUACUUUGCUGUUGGAUUUCGCAAAGGCAUUUGAGCUAGUGAUUGCUAACUCUAGUUUUCCAAAGAGGGAAGAGCAUUUGGUUACUUUCCAGAGUACGGUGGUGAAGACUAAGAUUGACUAUAUUCUCCUUAGGAGGUGCGACAGAGGGUUGUGUAAGGAUUGCAAGGUUAUCCUGGGUGAGACCCUUGCGAUGCAGCAUAGGCUCUUGGUAUUGGACGUCGGUAUUUUGAUGAAGAGGAAGAAGAGGACUACACAAGGUCGACCGAGGAUCAGGUGGGAACCCUUGACUAAGGAUAAAGCUUAG